AUGAUCACUUCAAUUGCGGUGCGCAUUUUACCACGCAAGUCAGCUGUUGUAAAUCUAAUUUUCCAGAGAUAUUCACCGGAUAACGAUUCAUAUGCAUCAUCAUCACUGGCGACAGCUAGAGCAUUUGCAUCAACAAUAUCACCAUCAUCAUCAACAGCAAAAGCAGCAACGUCUGAGAUUGAAAUUAUUGAGGUUGCGAAAGAGGGCGAAAAAGCGGAUCCAUCGCAAUUCGAGCUUUUAUCUACGAUUGGUCAGGUAAAACGCGCAUUUCUGUGCUAA